UACUACCCACAGCAAACUGUUAGAUCUAAAUUUACUUAGUUUUUAAUAGAAUUUGAUCUACAUACAAAGCAACAUAGAUUCUAGUUCUAAAUCUAAGCAAAAAAAGUAUCUAAUCGAUCUAUAUAUGUGGACAUUUAAAAAGUAUGUAGAUCUAGAUCUAUUAUACUCCUAGACUAUAGGGCCUACUACUACUUGUGCUGAAGGAACUUUGAAAUAAUAUUUCUUUUCGCUAACUAUUAGUCUAUUAGUGAUUAGUCGCACUAACAACUGUUCCAAGGAGGGUUGAGAAGAAAACACAUCUUAGGAUCUAUUAUUUUGAAUUGGUAAUCCUGAGAAUGUCCCAUACAUCUUUUUUAAAUAGUGAGGUAUUUUUUCUACUGGCCUUGCUUCAAGUGCUGCUUGUAUCAACUUCUUCAAAUGCUGUAGACCCAAAUGGAUAUGUGGUCUAUUGUCCAUGCAUGGGGAGAUUUGGGAAUCAAGCAGAUCAGUUCCUGGGGGCUCUGGCAUUUGCUAAAGCUCUAGACAGGACCCUCAUUCUGCCACCAUGGGUUGAGUAUAGAAGAAAUGACCACAAGGCUGUGAUGGAGCCCUUUGACACAUAUUUUCAAGUAGAUCCAUUUUUAGAAUACCACAGAGUGAUUACAAUGGAAGUUUUCAUGAAAGAACUGGCUCCUACAGUAUGGCCACCUGGCUCUAGAAAAGUUUUCUGUUAUUCAGCCAGACAUGGGUCCAGUAAAGAAAGUGAUUGCAAUGCUAAAGAAGGCAGCCCAUUUGGCCCCUUCUGGGAUUGGUUUAACAUAGACUUUGAUGAGUCGGUUAUUUUUGGACCUCUAUUCUAUGACACUGAUAGUCCUGGCAUUAUGUCAGAGUGGAAUAAAAAGUACCCCAGUAAAAGCUACCCAGUUCUGGCCUUUGUUGGGCCACCAGCCAGCUUCCCUGUGACGAGGUACAAUGCCAAGCUGCAUAAAUACAUGAAAUGGUCAGAAGAGUAUGACAAGAUGGCUCGUGAUUUCAUCGCAGCCAAUAUACCUGACAGUCCGUUUAUUGGAAUACAUCUCAGAAAUGGGCCAGAUUUUGAACGGGCCUGUGAACAUGUACCUUCAACGCCCAAUAUGUUUGCAUCAAAACAAUGUACAGGGGAGCGGGGGGAGUAUGGGACAACCACAACAGAAAUGUGUUUUCCUUCAGUAAAGACAAUUACAGAAAAGGUAAAGAAAGAGGUUGCAAGAAUUGGUGCCAAAACAGUUUUUAUUGCUACAGAUUACAAUGAUUUGAUACCAGAGCUUUCAAAAGUUCUCAAAAACGUGAAGUUGGUGAAACAACCCGAGCCCGCCUCCCCCCUUUUGGACUUGGCCAUCCUGGGGCGGUCAGACCACUUCAUUGGAAAUUGUGUCUCAACGUUUACUGCGUUUGUUAAAAGGGAGAGAGAUGCCCUUAAUUUACCAUCAUCCUUCUGGGCCUUCCAAAAGAACAAGAAAAGGAUUGAGUUGUGACAUGUUUUAUAUGCUGACACUGCGCUCAUGCUUUUUUAGUUAUACCUCUUAAGUGCCUCUUAUUAAAAAUAUUUUUUUAGAGGUGUUUCCCAUUUUGUUAUGGGUUUAAAGAUAAUAUUUUCCAUAAGUUGUUUAAUUUUUAUGACUAGUAGUACUAGUAGUUUACACAAAUCUGCAUGAUGAUUUUUCUCUUCAUGCACUAUGCUUCAUACUUGAAAUUGUUUUAAGUGUAAUUGUCCAUAUUAUAGGGCAGAUGUUGAUCAUGCAUUUAAUUCUGUUUUAUUGAGCAUUUAUUUAUUGUAAAGAUCAUUGCUUGUAGGGUCCUCAUUUCACAGCAUUUCAGGUUUCUAAAAUGUCAUCCAAAACGUUGAUCAUACUCCUGGAGAGGGGGGGGGGGGGUAUUAAGUGAACUUAAUUGAUGAAUGUGUGGUGUGGGCUUUUAAGUCUUAGCUUUUAAUUUAUAGACUCUGUUAUACAUUUUGAUCAAAAUUUAUUUGUUCUUAACCCAAAUUGUUAAACUUUUCAAUAUUAAAUAGUGGAGAUGUUUGUUAAAGGGAAAAUACUUUAAUAAUAAU